CCCAGGGCUAAGCAGCUAUUGUUGUGAAAUGUUACAAAAUAUGGAAAUAUUGAAGCUCCGAACAACCACCAACUGACUUAGAUUGUGAAUAAUUGAAAGCAAAAAAUUUACCCUAUCGUCAAAGUCUAAAAGAAAAAUGUUUUUGAAUAGUUUUAAGCUACACAAUUGCUGCAAAUUAUACAAACAUUUGCAAUCUCCAAGAUAUGUGAAAUUUUAUUCUAAUAAUGUUGAGACCGUUGAUCUUGCUUAUAACAUACACGAUAGCCAUUAUGUGGAUCCCACAAAACCACCCUUAGUCACCUUUCAUGCACUGAUGGGAUGUGGAUCUCUGUGGGAUGAAAUGGUUGAGGAUGUCCAAAAGGAAACAGGAAGGAGAGUCAUUAAUGUGGACGCUCGAUGUCAUGGUGAUAGCCCACGUACAGAGUCGCUAACUUAUAUAGAAACAGCCAAUGAUGCCAUGAAGCUAUUAAGGAAAUUAGAAAUACCCAAAGCUUCUGUUAUUGGACACAGCAUGGGUGGUUUAACUGUUAUGGGUCUAGCACUGCUCUUUCCAGAGCUCGUUUCCAGUUUAAUAGUGGUUGAUGUUUCCCCUGUUAAAAUUCGUCUACCCUUAUCACAUCCCAUGUCUUUUAUGAAGUGUAUGUGUUCCGUUCCCUUAACGUCAAAUAUGACAAUGGCCGAAGCAAGAAAACUAGCAGAUGAUAGAUUGAAAACCCUCACACAGGAUGAAAAAUUGAGAAACUAUGUACUUUCAAAUUUGUACAGGACAGACACAGGAGAAUUUGCAUGGAAAGCACAUUUUCCGACGUUAGUAAGCAAAUUAGAAUCUGAAAUUGCACAAUUUCCGCCAAAUUUCAAAGGACUUCAAUAUUCUGGCCCUACUUUGUUUAUCUGCGGAGGCUUAUCGGAUCAUGUUGCAAAGGAAGACUUGCCGGGCAUAAAAGAAAACUUUCCGCAAGCUGAGAUUAUCUUUAUAGAAGGUGCAAACCAUUGGGUACAGACUGCCAAGCCAAAGGAAUUUCGAGAAACUUUGUGCAAAUUCUUGAAUGAAAAAUGAAUGUAAUUUUUUUAAUUAUCUAAUAUCCAAGUUACCGCCUUAGCAUUAGUAAACAAUAGUAUGUUGUCCGAUAGAAUAUAAUUUAAACUUGUCGCCCAGAUAGUGGACAAUAUUCAAACAAAGUUGUAAGUGAUGAUCUAGUCUGCAGCCAGUUAGUAGAUAGAUAUCAAUUCUAGUUACACGACGAAGAAACUUAAAUUUUGUUUGAUUUUGUUAAAACUCCCAAAACAAUUUACAAAAAAAAGCAU